AUGCGACUGUGCGGGAGCGCAGGUGCAACCACAGCGACUGCUGCUGCUGCUGCUGCUGCUGCGGCAGGGCCCGGCCUGGAGGGACACGGGGAGGUGGGAGAGGGGCUCUCGGGCGCCUGGGAGCAGUGCCGAAGGGACAAGUGGAAUGCCCUCCUCCAGGAGACAAAGAUCGCGCUCUCCAAUUCCCCACUCUACCAGUACCUGCAGGAUUUGGGACACACGGAUUUCGAAGUAUGCUCAGCCGUGUCGCAGAAGGCAGAGCCAUGUGCAGCAGGAGGAGGCCAGCAGGAAUGGACCACUCGUGCUGCCCAGCAACAAGGCAUCCUGUCGAAGCUAGCUGAGGUCUUUAGAAGUUGGUUUCCUUUUCCCCAGUAUAAGAAAAAUGAUGACAUUCUUCACCGACUGGAUGUUGGAUUUCGGUGUGACACAGUCCGUACCAUCCUGCAGCAGGAAGUUCUGCUGCAGGAGGAUGUGGAGCUGAUUGAGCUGCUUGACCCCAGCAUCCUGUCUGCAGGGCAGUGCAGGCAACAGGAAAAUGGACGGCUUCCAACCCUGCGCUCCCUAGCAACUCCUAAUAUUUGGGACGUCUCGCUGCUGCUCGCCUUCCUAAGCGCGCUGCUUGCGCUCCCGUCGUGGUGCGAGGAGGCCUCGGGGCUGCUGUGGGGACUGCUCCUGCUCGCCUACGCCUCCCUGCGCCUGUGGGGCACGUGGAGGACAGCCAAGCUGCAGAUGGCCCUGCGAAAGCACUGCCUUCAGCUGGAGGAAACGGUGGCAAAUAGCCGAGCUUUUACCAAUCUCGUGAGAAAGGCUCUGCGACUCAUCCAAGAGACUGAAGUCAUUUCCAGAGGAUUUACCCUGGUCAGUGCCGCUUGCCCAUUUAAUAAAGCUGGACAGCAUCCCAGUCAGCAGCUCCUUGGUCUCCGCAAAGCUGUUUAUCGAUCCGUCAGAGCCAACUUCCGAGCUUCAAGACUGGCUACUCUCUACAUGCUGAAAAACUACCCCCUGAACUCCGAGAGCGACAACGUGACCAACUACAUCUGCGUCGUCCCGUUCAAGGAGCUGGGGCUGGGGCUCAGCGAGGAGCAGGUGUCCGAAGAGGAGGCCCACAACCUCACGGACGGCUUCAGCCUGCCCGCGCUCAAGGUUCUCUUUCAGCUCUGGGUCGGGCAGAGCUCCGAGUUCUUCAGGAGGCUGGUGCUGCUGCUCUCCCCGGCCAACGCGUCCCCCCAGCCCCUGCUCACGCCGGAGAGUUUGCCUCACCACGUCUUGUCYGACGUGACUCAAGGCCUACCUCAUACCCACGCUGCCUGCUUGGAGGAGCUCAAGCGAAGCUACGAGUUCCAUCGGUACUUUGAAACCCAGCAUCAGUCGGGUUUUGAGCGGGCAACCAGAAAGAAGCAGAAGUCAAAAGAGCUCAACAGCCUCCACACGGCGGUCCGCAGCCUGCAGCUUCACCUCAAGGCCCUGCUGAACGAGGUAAUAAUUCUUGAGGAUGAACUUGAAAAGCUUGUUAGCACUAAGGAGACACAUGAGUUAACAACAGAAGCCCAUCAGGUUCUGGAACAAAAACUGAAGUAUAUUCAGCCUCAUAUCCAGGCAAGCAACAGCUGCUGGGAAGAAGCCAUUUCUCAGGUGGAAAAAAUGAAUCGAAGAAACCCGGAUCAAAAAGGCCAGCUUGAGGCUUCCUGGGACAACAUCCAGCAUACGGCAGUACCCUUAAUGCAGCCUGCCCUGCACAUUGAAGACAAAGAUCCGAUCCCUGAAGAGCAGGAAUUGGAAGCAUAUGUUGAUGAUUCAGAUAUGGACAAUGAAUACAAAAAGGAAGAUUUYUACUGCUUUUCCCAGGAAGAGAGAGAGAGACAAAAACGGGAGCGAGAGGAAUCCAAGCGGGUGUUACAGGAAUUGAAAUCUGUGCUGGGAUUUAAAGCCUCAGAAGCAGAAAGGCAGAAAUGGAAACAGCUGCUAUUCAGUGACCAUGCUGCAGUGAAACCCUUGUCACCUCUAGAGCCACUGAAGCUACUAAAUAAUUUGGAGUCACCUCUGAAUUCAGGUACAGAAAAUCAGGACUGUAGCCAAAGUUGUGACAAAUCUGAAGAAAGGGACUCGAAUCCAUCAGUGAACGCUGCUGCUAAAAGCAGGACAGAGUGUUUGUACGAAGAUGCUGGGACGGAGGCCAGCAGGGACAGUGCCACAGAUGAAGGUGUCCCUGCAGAGGCUGGGCGAAGCAGCUCCCGGUGUGAAGGGGAAGGAGAGGAGCGGGAGGCGGGCGACGUGCCGGGCGGUCCGUGCCCGCACGCGGCGCACUCGGAUGUCAGGCACAGGCUGGCUCAGCUCCACAGAGCCACGGACUGGAACUUCACAGCUGGUCUGGCUGCACAGGUUGCUGCCAGGUCUCUAACUUUUACCACAAUGCAAGAACAGACUUUCGGAGAUGAGGAGGAGGAGGAGGAGGAGGAGGAAGAAGAGAAGAUCCAAGAGAAUGAAAACCUGAUUGAAGAGGGUGAGAACGAAGGCAGAGGCUCAGAAAAUGGAAAAGUAGUACAGGUGUGACCUGAACUUUCUUAGACCAAUAGCAGGUGAUUUGGAUAGAAAUAACUAAGGUGGGAGCUUGAGGAUAAAAGUUCUAGAUGGAAAAAUGGAGACCUAAAUGUAAUACGCCUUGUUCCCCAAGAAUGACACACUAAAUAAGACUUUAAGUAUAUUGAGAAUUUGCAGGUAAGAGGAAUUUAGGUUGCAUCUGAAAAAUGGUUGGCUGGUGCCUCUUGAAGACCCUACCAGUGGGUUUGGGAAUUUACCUAAAUAUUUUCCC